CUCAUCGGACACUUCGUGAUUUUCGUCCUGAGAGAAACUGCUGCAUUCCCUCUCCUGUCUUGAUGGGGGUGGAUGUUGACGCUGAUGUUUGCUGACACCGACACGCCCUCUAGUGUGUGACAGAACGAAAGGUGACUUGAGAAUGGACGAUGGAGGCAAGUUCAAAGAUGUGUGGCAUGUCACUACAGAUAAGAAUAAACUGAACGCCUCCUCCUGUCGCUUCCUCUGGCCGUCACAUCAAAGGACAUUGUUAGCGGCUUGCCUGAGGCCGAGUUGCAAGGCCAGGCGCAAGAGCUCUGCAGCAAAGGCAGAUAACCGUGGCCUGUGUGUGCAACCAGCUUUCAAACAGUUCCACUUGAUUCCUUCCUCAGACAUUAUGUCAGGUGUACACCAGAUACUCACACUUGUCAUUCUGCUAGCGCCUGUUGCACACACCGCAGAGUGUCAUGGCAAGCCUGACCCAAAGCUCAGCCCAAUCUGACUCCAAUCUACUCCGGGUCGCCACGACUGGUAACACAAUCAGCAAUGGCAAGCACUACAUCGCUGGGGAGGGCGAGGACGCCUUUGACAUCAUCCACAUCUGGGGAACCCCGUAUGAGAUGGGUCGAGCUCAUGGACUUCUCAUGGGAGACAAAGUAAAAAUCAUGGCUGAUGCUGUUUGGAGUUAUCUCGAACAACAGAUUAUUGAUCCUAUAAAUCGGACGAUCCAUCUACAAGAAUGGUUCUUGGAGGAUGUUGCAAACUUUGGACUGGAUGUAGCCCUUGACCUGGAACUACUCGCCACAGACAAGUACACAGGUGAUUACUUCUUCGAGGAGGCCAGAGGACUAGCAGAGGCCGCUGGAAUAGACUAUAAGAAACUCCUUCGUAUCCACAUGAUUGGUGAACUCACAAAAGGUUCGUGCUCUAUGGUCGGUGCUUGGGGUGGAAGUGUGUCUACUCCAGACUCUCUCCUGCAGCUGCGCGCUCUGGACUGGGUAGUGGACGGUCCUUUCAAAGAGCACCCACAAGUGACUGUCUAUCACCCGACUAAUGUUUCUAAUGGUCAUGCCUUUGCAAACUUCGGGUGGACAUCCUGGAUCGGGUCCAUAACAGGCAUGAGCUCACAGCGCAUGGCCAUUUCCGAGAUCGGCGUGUCGUUUCCCGAUGAAAGUUUUGGAAAGGAGUCGCGGUUUGGAAUUCCAUUCACGUUUGUUCUUAGGGACAUCCUACAGUUCGACAAAACACUCAACGACAGCAUCAAACGGAUUACAGAGGCACACCGUACAUGUGACCUCAUUCUCGGAGUGGGUGAUGGAAAGGAGAAGGAAUUCCGCGGCAUACAGUAUUCUGCUUCUGUGGCAAACUUCUUCACAGACACCAACUUGGAGCCAAAACAAGAUUGGCAUCCUCGAAUUACAGAUAUAGUUUACUUCGGGAUGGACUGGUUGUGCCCUGGGUACAGCGAAGUACUGGCGCGGCAGCUUACCCUCUACCAUGGCAACCUCACAGCAGAACUGUUGAUGAGAGAGGUGGUUCCGAUUGUUCAGACUGGCAGUCUUCAGGUGGCAGUAUACAAUCUCACAUCUAACAUGGUGCUGCUGGCCAACGCGCGUGCUAGUUAUGAGACAGGGCCUGACAACGCUUAUGAAAGGCAAUAUGUGGAGCUAAACAUGACGGAGUUAUUUGAAGAAAAGCCCCCAUCAAAUUCGAUAUAUUAAUUUGCCGGUCUGCACAAAGCAGCAGAACCAUUAAACCUCCCCCACCCUCUAUCUUUUUCGUCUACUUUUUCUCCAAUCCUCUCCCUCCAACUAGUUUCUUUCUCUAUUAUCAUUGUUGUUAGAUUAUAAAAAAAAAUAAGUGCACUAAAGACAAGUAACAAUUUCUGCAACAAAAUCUUUAAAUAAACCUACUAUAAUAUUGUG